AUGGCAUUAAGACGCAUGGCAGCUCGUCGUGGUAUGCCACUAGUAAUUAUUUCCGAUAACGGCACGAACCUGAAGGGCGCAGACGCAGAGCUGAAGAAAAGUAUAUCCGAGCUAGACACGGAGACAGUUCGCGAGGCUGGAGCUAUACGAGGCGUGGAAUGGAGAUUUAUUCCACCAGGUGCCCCUGAGAAUAGGGGAUCUUGGGAGAGGAUGAUACGUACAGCCAAAUCGUCACUAAAGGUAAUUUUAAAAGAACGCGCCUCUCAUCCUGAUACACUGGUAACGUUGUUAGCUGAGGUGGAGGCGACAGUUAAUAGUCGGCCAAUUACGCAUGUCUCCAAUGACCCAAAUUACCCAGAGGCACUCACGCCCAAUCACUUUCUGAUUGGUGCAUCAUAG